AGCGGGCAGCGGUGGAGGGCGCGACGCGGCCGGAGGUAGUGAGGUACAGAUGCCUGUGACAGUGGGCCCCUACGGGCAAUCGCAGCCCAGCUGCUUCGACAGAGUCAAGAUGGGUUUCAUGAUGGGCUUUGCAGUGGGCAUGGCAGCAGGAGCACUGUUUGGCACUUUUUCCUGCCUCAGGAUUGGCAUGAGAGGACGAGAGCUGAUGGGUGGAGUUGGCAAAACGAUGAUGCAAAGUGGAGGGACAUUUGGGACAUUCAUGGCUAUUGGUAUGGGAAUCCGCUGCUAACCUGAAGUUUGGGCUUCGUCCUGGAGUGCCCCUGCCUGGCUGUUUCUCCUCUGUACCAUAAUAAAAUGUUGAGAUACUUGGAGGUGAGAGCUCCUCAUGAGACAGUGAAGCAUCAUCCUCCUUGCUCUGUUGAUUGUGAACCUGCUUUUUACCAAAUUUCUACUUUCUUCCUGACUCUUUGCUCUCACGACAAGAAGAAUUAAUAACCCUUUGUACUACAUUAAAGUUCCUGUUU